AUGGCACGCGAAAAGUUUGAACGUACAAAACCACACGUAAACAUUGGAACAAUUGGUCACGUUGACCACGGAAAGACAACUCUUACUGCAGCAAUUACUAUGGCAAUGUCUGCACGUGGUGGAAAGCAAGGUGGUAAAGGAUAUGCUGAUAUUGACUCAGCUCCGGAAGAAAAAGCACGUGGAAUUACUAUUAACACUGCACACGUAGAGUAUGAAACAGAAACUCGUCACUAUGCACACGUAGACUGUCCAGGUCACGCUGACUAUGUUAAGAACAUGAUUACAGGUGCUGCACAAAUGGAUGGUGCAAUUCUUGUAGUAUCAGGUGCUGACGGACCAAUGCCACAAACUAAAGAGCACAUCCUUCUUGCGAAGCAAGUUGGAGUACCUAACAUGGUUGUGUUCCUUAACAAAGAAGAUCAAGUUGAUGAUGAUGAACUUCUUGAGCUCGUAGAGCUUGAAGUACGUGAUACACUUAGCAGCUACGAAUUCCCUGGUGAUGAUAUUCCAGUAGUAGCUGGAUCUGCACUUCUUGCAUUAGAAGCAUUAACAGAAAACUCAGCUAUUGCUGCUGGUGACAACAAGUGGGUAGAUAAAAUUUACAACUUAAUGGAUCAGGUAGACCAGUACAUUCCUACACCUGAGCGUGAUACAGAAAAGACAUUCCUUAUGGCUGUUGAAGAUGUAUUCUCAAUUACUGGUCGUGGUACAGUAGCAACUGGACGUGUUGAGCGUGGAACAGUUAAAGUUGGAGAUGUAGUAGAGAUCGUAGGUCUUGGUGAUACACGUGAAGUAACUGUUACAGGUCUUGAGAUGUUCCAAAAGACUCUUGAUGAAAGUGUAGCGGGAGAUAACGUUGGAGUACUUCUUCGUGGAGUGCAAAAAGAUGAUAUUGAGCGUGGAAUGGUACUUGCAAAAACAGGGACAAUUAAGCCACACACAAAAUUUGAAUCUCAAGUAUACGUUCUUACAAAAGAAGAGGGUGGACGACACACUCCAUUCUUCCCAGGGUACCGUCCUCAAUUCUAUGUUCGUACAACUGACGUAACAGGAAAAAUUGAAUCAUUCAAAACUGAUGAUGGUGAUGAGGCAACUAUGGUAAUGCCUGGUGACCGUGUAAAAAUGAUUGUAGAGCUUAUUCAGCCAAUUGCAAUUGAAAACGGAAUGCGUUUUGCAAUUCGUGAAGGUGGACGUACUGUUGGUGCAGGUGUAGUAUCAACAAUUCUUGAGUAA